CCAAGUGACUCUGAAGAAUGCCAUGGCAAUCUCAGUGGUUACUUUAAAAGAAUACCAGAAAUGAGUUGACUGUUAUACUGACCCUUUAACCACAACAUACGACUUUUUUUUUCAGCUAGCAUGUAUGAAUAUGCUUGAGCCGCAAUGUGUACUACUCUAUCAGUACCAUAAUUUCCCCCCUUUCCCCAACCACGUGUAAAAGAAACUUCAGAAUCUGCCACGUAAAUGUUACCCAUUGACGAACCACUGAAUUUUUUUCCAGGACCAUGCUUUAACAAAGAUGCUUUCGAGGGAUUCCCUUGUUCAGCCAAAAAUGAAGGGUUCUUAUCUAACACUAUCUUGUCUAAAUAUACACAGCCUGUGAUGACGAAAUAAAAAAAUUUCAAGACCAGGUAUAAAUACCACUGACAGGCAGAUGAAGUUCAUUCGUCUACUUUCUUCUAAUAGAAGGCUUAACCUAUUAGAAGUUGAAGUACACUGCUCUUAGAACUGACAUCUCCCAGAACUUAUCUGAGCCAUUUAACUGAACCAUCACCAAGAAAAUGACUUUCCAAACCUACAGCUUGUUUGUUCUCUCUAUCAUCAUGAUUUAUUCUGGACGUGUUGAAAAUAGAUUAAAUCUGCUUCAACUUCAAGAUGAUAUAGACAAACUGAAAGCUGAUUUUAACUCAAGCCGUUCAGAUGUAGGUGAUGGUGGACCUAUCUUUACGGGGAGAUUGUCAAACUGGACAGAAAGAAAUGAAAAAAGGAUCAUCCUGAGUCAGAUUGUUUCCAUGUACUUGAAAAUCCUUAAAAAUACUGACCAGUCAAAGGCACAUGUCAGGAACAUAUCUGAGGAGCUCUACACUUUGCAAAAAAGCCUUUCUGAUGACUCAAUGAAGAUGGAAUAUCUCAAGAACCUGACAGAGCUUCAGGUGAAUGACUUGAAAAUUCAACGUAAAGCUGUGAAUGAGCUGUUCAGUGUCUUACAAAAACUGGGGGAUACUACAAGUUCUCCCAGAAGAAAAAGAAGGCUGGUUCAGAGGCAGUGCAAAUGCUAAUGCCAUCUUAUGUUCUUUUGUACUGAGUUACUGUGCAAAUCUUUU